AUGUCAAGGAAGGUCGUGUCCAAAUGGUCGACGAGGGUUAAAUCUAGCUUCUGCUGCGUUGGCGAGUUUACGCCUCGAGAGGCGUGGCGCCGACGGCGUCGACCAGAGAGGAGGUUAGACCUUCCUGAUCCGGAGCGCAGACUCGCAGAGAGAACCUUGCUUGGGAGUCGCCGCGCGGCGAAGUCCAACUCCCGGCCGCGCCGGCCGUGCGCAGAAAGUGAUGCACAAAAACAGGCACAAGUAGUAGAAGUCAAUGUGGCCGUGCACCAGUCCGCCCGCCGCGGCUCCCAAUCGGGUUUUAUUUUUAUUUUUACUGGGGCUCAUAAAUUGCAAUCCUUCGGGUUGGCUGGGACCGCUACAAAAAGAGCUAAAAGAGGUUAUAAAGCAACGACGGCAAGCAAUUGGGUGAAAGUCAAACCCCUGCGCGCAAAGAGCGCUGCGCAGAUCAAAACCCGCCGAGCACCUAACGCGGACUCCAACGGGCGGUGA